AUGACGGCUGAAGAAACAGUGAAUGUAAAAGAAGUCGAAAUCAUUAAGCUAAUGUUAGACUUUUUGAACUCAAAGAAGCUGCACAUUAGUAUGUUGGCUCUUGAGAAGGAAAGUGGAGUCAUAAAUGGGCUGUUUUCAGAUGACAUGCUUUUCCUGAGGCAGCUAAUCCUUGACGGUCAAUGGGAUGAAGUUCUUCAGUUCAUUCAGCCUCUGGAAUGUAUGGAAAAAUUUGACAAAAAAAGGUUCCGUUACAUUAUCCUGAAGCAGAAGUUUUUAGAAGCUUUGUGUGUUAACAAUGCAAUGUCAGCAGAAGAUGAGCCCCAGCAUCUGGAAUUUACCAUGCAGGAAGCCGUGCAAUGUUUACAUGCCCUGGAGGAGUACUGCCCCUCCAAAGAUGACUAUAGCAAGCUCUGUUUGCUCUUGACUUUGCCUCGCCUGACCAAUCACGCGGAAUUUAAGGACUGGAAUCCCAGCACUGCACGAGUUCACUGUUUCGAAGAGGCUUGUGUCAUGGUUGCAGAAUUCAUUCCUGCUGAUAGGAAGCUGAGUGAGGCAGGUUUCAAAGCAAGUAAUAAUCGUUUAUUUCAGCUUGUCAUGAAGGGCCUGCUGUACGAGUGCUGCGUGGAAUUUUGUCAGAGUAAAGCAACCGGAGAAGAAAUCACAGAAAGUGAAGUCCUUCUCGGCAUCGACCUCUUAUGUGGCAAUGGCUGUGACGAUUUGGAUCUGAGCCUGUUGUCAUGGCUUCAGAACCUCCCCUCUUCGGUCUUCUCCUGUGCUUUUGAACAGAAAAUGCUUAAUAUUCAUGUCGAUAAACUCCUGAAACCCACAAAAGCUGCAUACGCUGAUCUUUUGACUCCUCUUAUCAGCAAACUUUCUCCCUACCCGUCAUCUCCGAUGAGACGGCCUCAAUCAGCUGAUGCCUAUAUGACCCGCUCUCUGAAUCCUGCCUUGGAUGGCCUCACUUGUGGACUGACCAGUCACGAUAAGAGGAUCUCGGACAUUGGGAACAAAACUUCUCCAAUGUCACACUCCUUCGCUAACUUCCAUUAUCCGGGGGUACAGAACCUCAGCAGAAGUCUCAUGCUUGAGAAUACAGAAUGUCACAGUAUUUAUGAGGAAUCCCCUGAACGAAGUGAUACACCUGUUGAGGCACAGCGACCUAUCAACAGUGAAAUCCUGGGCCAGAGUUCAGUUUCAGAAAAAGAGCCUGCGAAUGGAGCACAGAAUCCAGGACCAGAGAGGCAAGAAAAAAAUGAGCUUCGAGACUCAACAGAACAAUUUCAAGAAUAUUACAGGCAAAGGUUACGCUAUCAACAGCAUUUAGAACAGAAGGAGCAACAGCGACAGAUAUACCAGCAGAUGCUGCUUGAAGGAGGUGUCAAUCAGGAGGAUGGGCCAGACCAGCAGCAGAACCUCACGGAGCAAUUCCUUAAUAGGUCCAUUCAAAAGCUUGGUGAAUUAAAUAUUGGAAUGGAUAGCCUUGGUAGUGAGGUAUCCACACUCAACCAGCAAUGUAAUGGGAGCAAAGGCAGUGGAUCUAAUAAUUCUUCUAUCAUUAGUUUUUCCACACCACCCCAGGAUUCUAGCCAGAGAUUAACACAUGAUGCUUCCAAUAUUUACACAAGCACUCCUCGUAAUCCGGGAUCCACAAAUCACAUACCUUUUCCUGAGGAACCCUCUUCUUGUGGAAACCAAGUCUCAUCAGAACAUUUGGUCAUUAAGCCUCCUCCUGGAGAUUCUUCAGGGAAUCUGUCAAGAUCAAGAGGGGAAGAGGAUGACAAAUCAAAAAAGCAGUUUGUUUGCAUUAAUACCCUGGAGGACACACAGGCUGUUAGAGCAGUGGCUUUCCAUCCAGGUGGUGGUCUGUAUGCUGUAGGUUCAAAUUCAAAAACUCUGAGAGUGUGCGCCUACCCGGAGGCCAUUGACCCAAGUGCACAUGACAUCCCUAAGCAGCCAGUGGUACGUUUUAAAAGGAAUAAACAUCAUAAAGGAUCCAUUUACUGUGUGGCCUGGAGUCCUUGUGGACAGUUAUUAGCAACAGGAUCAAACGACAAAUACGUCAAAGUGUUGCCCUUCAAUGCAGAGACUUGUAAUGCAACAGGACCAGAUCUGGAAUUUAGUAUGCAUGAUGGGACGAUAAGAGACUUGGCAUUUAUGGAAGGCCCGGAAAGUGGCGGAGCUAUUUUGAUAAGUGCUGGAGCAGGGGAUUGUAACAUCUACACAACCGAUUGUCAAAGAGGACAGGGCCUGCAUGCUCUGAGUGGACAUACCGGACAUAUUUUAGCACUUUAUACUUGGAGUGGCUGGAUGAUUGCAUCUGGUUCCCAAGAUAAGACUGUUAGAUUCUGGGAUCUUCGAGUACCAAGCUGUGUUCGUGUUGUUGGUACAACAUUACAUGGAACUGGCAGUGCAGUGGCUUCCGUGGCUGUAGAUCCCAGCGGCCGUCUCUUAGCCACAGGCCAGGAAGACUCUAGCUGCAUGCUGUACGACAUCAGAGGAGGAAGGAUGGUGCAGAGUUAUCACCCUCACUCCAGCGACGUGCGCUCUGUCCGAUUCUCUCCCGGAGCUCACUACUUGCUAACGGGAUCCUACGAUAUGAAGAUCAAGGUGACAGACCUACAAGGAGACCUCACGAAACAGCUUCCCAUCAUGGUGGUGGGGGAGCACAAGGAUAAAGUGAUUCAGUGCAGGUGGCAUACCCAGGACCUGUCCUUCCUGUCGUCGUCUGCAGACAGAACUGUCACGCUCUGGACUUACCGCGGAUAG